UGCCUGAUUUGUGGCCGAUGUUGGAGAUGUAAAAAAAAAAAAAAAAAAAAAAAAAAAAACAGGAGGAGGAAGAAAACCACACACUACCCUGGGUAGCUAUGGAGAUGGAGCCUUUUCCUGGCCGCUUUCUUUGACAGGCGUCGAGUAGGGGCUUAAAAAUCUUUCAAAAACGGAGUCCAACAUGUACGCCAAAGGGAAAGGAACCGUUGUGCCGUCCGAUAGCCAAGCGCGAGAGAAGUUGGCUUUAUACGUCUACGAAUACUUGUUACAUGUUGGUGCUCAGAAAUCUGCACAGACCUUCUUGUCUGAGAUCCGGUGGGAGAAGAACAUUACUCUAGGAGAGCCCCCAGGAUUCCUGCAUUCAUGGUGGUGCGUGUUCUGGGAUCUGUACUGCGCCGCCCCGGACAGACGCGAGACCUGCGAGCAUUCCAGCGAGGCCAAGGCCUUCCAUGACUACAGUGCAGCAGCGGCGCCCAGCCCUGUAAUGGGGAACAUGCCCCCUAAUGAUGGCAUGCCUGGUGGACCCAUGCCCCCUGGCUUCUUUCAGGGCCCUCCCGGGUCGCAGCCGUCUCCCCACGCACAGCCUCCCCCACACAACCCCAGCAACCCCAUGAUGGGACCCCACGGCCAGCCCUUCAUGUCUCCGCGGUACCCGGGUGGACCUCGGCCGUCCCUCCGCAUGCCAAACCAGCCUCCUGUCGGGGUUCCUGGGUCACAGCCACUCUUGCCAAACAAUCUGGACCCCACCAGGCCACAAGGACACCCCAGCAUGGGCGGCCCGAUGAGAAUGAAUCCACCUAGAGGGAUGGGUAGCAUGGGUCCACAGAACUAUGGUGGAAUGAGGCCACCUCCGAACUCUCUGGGUGGGCCAGGCAUGCCAGGAAUGAACAUGGGUCCAGGAGGACGGGGUCCUUGGCCGAAUCCCAAUACUAACUCGAUAGCGUACUCCUCCUCAUCUCCGGGCAACUAUGUCGGUCCCCCAGGGGGAGGUGGUCCACCAGGAACUCCCAUCAUGCCAAGUCCAGGAGAUUCGACAAACUCGAGCGAAAACAUAUACACAAUGAUGAACCCUAUCGGCCCUGGAGGCAACAGACCCAACUUCCCUAUGGGCCCGGGUCCUGAUGGUCCGAUGGGAGGGAUGGGCUCCAUGGAGCCUCAUCAUAUGAACGGAUCAUUAGGGUCUGGUGACAUGGAUGGGUUGCCAAAGAACUCGCCCAGUAACAUGGCAGGCAUGAACAACCCGCCGGGCACACCGCGAGACGACGGCGAGAUGGGUGGCAACUUCCUCAACCCGUUCCAAAGUGAAAGUUAUUCACCCAACAUGACGAUGAGCGUGUGAUCCCCACCUUUAUUUUUUUUUUAUUAUUAAUUAUUAUUGUUAUUAUUUUAUUUCAUUUUAUUUCCCUUCUAUUUGUUUUGUACCCCCGCAUUCCUUUCGGACACCGCACCACAAACCCCACGCCACAUCCCACAGAACUUUUGGGCCGGGCUGCGCAGCCUCACAAGGGACUCAUGCCAUAACGGCCGCCGCUGACAGGAAGCAGCCCCCGAGCCACAGGAAGAGCCUGCUGACUGCCUCGCUCUGCCUUCCUCUCUGGCUCAGGACACUGAAAGAAGGGGCUUUGAGAAUAAACACACACACACACACACAAACACUCCCCACACACACACACACACACACACACACACACACACACACGUGUGCGAAAGGACCAGACUGAUGGGCAGGACAGGACCGUGUGUCUUUGGCUCAGCUCUUUUUAACACACUCCAUCUCUUCUUCUCUCUUUUUCCUUCUUGUUCCUCGUUAUUGCGGUAGAUUUCAUUCCGGGACGCGCGAUCCCUUGUUUUAUUGUAAUUUUUUUUUUUUUUUUUUUAAAUUCCCACUCCAUUUUAAACGUGUACAUUUUUCAACACUCAUGAAGAUGUGACAGGCCAUGAACGCUUCCAUUAUUUCUGUGUAUGUAUUGUAUUAUUAAUAAUUAUUGUUCUGUUUUUUUUUUUUUUAUUAUUAUUAUUAUUAUUAUUAUUAUUAUUAUUUUGUAUUAAUAUUGUAAUGAUAAUUGAUAAGGGUAUUUUUUUUUUUUCUCAGAAGGGCACAUUGUAUCUCAAUAACCAUGAAAUCGUCAGAGUAAGCACAUAUUCACGACACCCAGUGGAAACUCUAUGAUUUAUUAUUAAAUCGUAUUUUUUUUUUUUU